CCUACUUGGCGUUUCUUUUUAACACUUCCGUUUCCACUUCUUCGCUUGUUGUAACCUUCCCCUCACAUUUCUCCUCCCUCCGCCACACGCCGCCGCCGCCGCUUCCCCUCGCAGGCUUCCACUAUGCAAUCGACCUUCGUCUCCCUCCCAUGCCAUCACCCGGCGCCCGCUACACGGCCCCGCCGUCCCGCUGCCCUCCGGGUCGCUGCCCAAUCCCCGCCCGCAGUCGCCACGCCGCCGCCGCAGUCACCGGCCGCCGUGACUCUGAAGCUCAACAAGUACAGCGCCCAGGUGACGGAGCCCAAGUCGCAGGGCGGGUCUCAGGCCAUCCUCUACGGAGUGGGGCUCUCGGACGAAGACUUGACCAAGCCUCAGGUGGGUAUCUCGUCGGUUUGGUAUGAAGGGAAUACAUGUAAUAUGCACUUGUUGAAGCUCUCCGAGGCCGUCAAGCAAGGGGUUCAGGAGGCUGGAAUGGUUGGGUUCAGGUUCAAUACUAUUGGGGUGAGCGAUGCUAUCUCUAUGGGGACGAGAGGGAUGUGUUACAGCUUGCAGAGCAGGGACUUGAUCGCGGAUAGCAUCGAGACUGUCAUGAGUGCUCAGUGGUAUGAUGGGAAUAUCUCCAUUCCCGGCUGUGACAAGAAUAUGCCAGGUACAAUUAUUGCAAUGGGAAGGCUUAAUAGGCCUAGUAUUAUGGUGUACGGUGGAUCUAUAAAGGUUAGACAUCCUGGCCAUGUCAAUGGCCAUACCUACGACAUAGUAUCUGCAUUUCAGGUUUAUGGGGAAUAUGUCAGUGGAGCUAUAAGUGACGAACAAAGGAAAGAAGUACUACGGAAUUCAUGUCCGGGGGCAGGUGCCUGUGGUGGAAUGUAUACGGCCAAUACAAUGGCUUCGGCUAUUGAAGCCAUGGGAAUGUCUCUUCCAUACAGCUCCUCUCUACCUGCCGAAAGUGAUUUGAAGCUGGAUGAAUGUCGGUUGGCUGGAAAAUACCUUUUGGAGUUACUAAAGAUGGACUUGAAACCACGAGACAUCAUUACUCCUACAUCACUACGAAAUGCAAUGGUCACCGUCAUGGCACUUGGUGGAUCUACCAAUGCUGUGUUGCACUUGAUUGCUAUUGCAAGGUCUGUUGGUUUGAACCUGACACUUGAUGACUUCCAGAAGGUUAGUGAUGAGGUUCCAUUCCUUGCUGAUCUGAAACCCAGUGGGAAAUAUGUUAUGGAAGAUCUUCACAAGAUUGGAGGAACACCUGCGGUACUCCGCUAUCUCUUGGAACUGGGCUUUUUAGAUGCAGAUUGUUUGACUGUGACUGGGAAGACGUUGGCUGAAAAUCUGAAAUCCUGUCCUCCUUUGUCCGAGGGUCAGGAAAUCAUAAGACCGUUUGACAACCCCAUCAAGAAGACAGGUCACCUCCAAGUAUUACGUGGAAACCUUGCACCUGAUGGUUCUGUAGCAAAAAUUACAGGAAAAGAAGGGCUUUAUUUCUCUGGUCCGGCGCUCGUGUUUGAAGGGGAAGAAUCUAUGAUGAAGGCUAUCGCUGAGGAUCCUAUGAGCUUUAAGGGCAAAGUGGUGGUCAUUAGAGGAGAGGGACCCAAGGGCGGUCCUGGCAUGCCGGAAAUGCUAACACCAACUAGUGCAAUAAUGGGAGCUGGUCUUGGGAAGGAAUGUGCAUUAUUGACUGACGGGAGAUUUUCGGGUGGUUCACAUGGAUUUGUCGUCGGCCACAUAUGCCCCGAAGCACAGGAAGGAGGUCCCAUUGGUCUUGUUAGAAACGGAGACGUCAUCACAAUCGAUGUGAAAGAAAGGAGAAUAGAUGUUGAAGUAGCCGACGAGGAGAUGGAACAGAGGAGAAAAACUUGGUCUCCACCCCCAUACAAGGCUACCUCUGGGGUGCUCUAUAAGUACAUCAAGAACGUCCAGUCCGCUGCUAGAGGCUGUGUGACAGACGAGUAAAAAGAGUAGAGAAAACAUGACAUACUUCUCGGCAACUAGACACAACAUGGUAGCCUCCAAAAUCCAUGAUUGUGGUAUUGAUAUGCUCCCUGCAGCUUCAUCUCCACCGGUUGUUUCUUCCUUGAGAAAAUCAAAUGCGGCUAUGGAAAUUUUGGUUUAGAGUAUGUAAUCCCUGUGCCUGGUUUCAGUGGUGUUUCAUUCCUUGAGUGAUCUCCUGUUGAUUCAACUUGGCAAAUUUGAUGCCUUUUCGAUGAGCUUUGUUUUCUAAAUUGUAUAGAAUGGAGUAAGUGAUGGACUCGUGGUUUUGCUGAUGAACAAGCAAAAAAUGGUUGUUUUGUCCAUUGAUGACCAGCUUUUUGUUAGUCGUUGACAGUUGCAGAGCUAUCUGUAUUCUAUAUCUCCACCGACCAGGUGCUACAAUUAUAGAGUGUGUAUGCUUCAGCAGCCGUAGUUAGAAUAGGCUUUCGUCUUCUCGCUCACUUAGAUUGCCAUCCACCAUGGAUGUGUGAAAUAAUUUCCAUCACAGGAGUUAUAAAAGGGUGGCUUUAAGGUGAGAAGGGCAAACAGUACAAGCUUUGUCGUUCUAUACAAAACAAUGGCUCAACAGAGAAGUUCAAGAGAGAGCAGAGCGAGCGACAAGCCUACAGUGGGUGGCCACUUAUACAUGGAAGGAACUGUACCUCAAUACACACACAGAAAGGAAUGAUACCGGACGACGGAUUCUUCGUGCUUCACCCAAUCUUGGAGAAUAUGAGUCCCCCCCUUUUCUUAAAGGGUGGGUUUGACUCAAAAUUUGAUAUCCCCAGUCUUGUAAGCGGAUGAUAGAUGCUUCACCAAAUUGUUCAGGAUGUAGACAUUGCUUUAUAACCUUCCUUCUCAAGAAGACUUACUAUCUCAAUAUCCCCAGUCUUAAUAAUCCUUCCAUCCUCCAUGAUAUGGACGAAGGCAGGCUUGAUGAAUUCCAAAAGCCGUCGAUAAUGUGUAACCAUCAAAACAGACUUCUUAGGCGUCAAGAGUCCAUUUACUGCUUUUGCGACAUCUUGGAGAGCAUCAACAUCCAGACCAGAAUCAAUCUCAUCUAAGACAGAUAAAUCUGCUUCCAAAACCGCAAGCUGUAAAAUCUCGUUCCGCUUCCUUUCACCACCACUGAACCCUUCGUUAACAUUUCUAUUAAGAAAAUCACUCUUCAUGUUCACAAGCUCAAGCUUGGGAAACAGGAAGGAUACCUCAAUUGGUCCAAGUUCAGGAAGACCAAGUUUUCUUCUUCGAGCAUUGUAAGCCAUAUUUAGGAAGUCACUAUUGCUGACACCAGGGAUUUCAACUGGUGACUGAAAGCUCAUAAAAAGCCCUGCAAGAGACCUAUCCUCAGGUUCCAUGUCAAGCAAGUUCUCGCCUUUAAAGAUAACGCUUCCACCAGUAACUUCAUAGUGUGGAUGGCCAACAAGAACCUUGGAGAAUGUGCUUUUCCCAGAACCAUUUUUGCCCAUUAUAGCAUGGACCUCCCCCUCAUUCACCACUAGGUUUACGCCCUUGAGGAUCUCCUGUCCCGUCUCGGCAAUCACGGCCUUCAAAUCUUUGACUUCCAGCAACGGCUUCUUCCCCGAAGCACCGGCAGAGUCAUCAGAAUCAAUGGAGGGGAGAGCCGACGCCGUCAGACGACUGACGGAGAGGCGGCGGUGGUUGGUGGAACCGAUGCAGAGACGAAUCGGAUGGAUAGGAUGAGGGAGGAAGUUGAAAUUGAAGGGCACCCGAUUGGAACUCGAAUAAGCAGCGGCAGAAUUCGGCGUCGGAAGGACCGACGGGCGCGAGGAAGAGGAGCUGCUUAGACGUUGAGCCACCAUGGUUGAGGAAGGAACGGACUCGUUCGCCGAACCGGCGGCUGGACUCUGGAGUAGGAAGGGGGCAGGCACGGAAAAUGUCGCCGCUUACCAAAUCUGUACUACAACUACUUUUUAAAAAAACAAUAUAUAUAAACUAUAUAGAGAAAAAACAAAACAAAAAAAACAGAAACGGAAAAAAUAAAUAAAAAAAAAACAAUUACUUAACAUUUUAGGCAGCAACCGGCUAGCGCAACGCAAACCAGCUGGCCCAAAACGACGCCGUCUGCCUCUGCGGCUCCAUUGCCACCGCCGCCGACACCGGCCUGGCCACAUCAUCCGGCGCCCUGGUCCUGGGCUCCUUAUUCGCACCCGCUGCCGCCGAACCAUCAUCCGCCUUGGCCGCCGACCGGCGGCGGCAGAUGGGACACGUGGACCGGCGGUGAUUGAUCAGCCAGGGAUCGACGCAUGACGCGUGGAAGGUGUGGCCGCAAUCCGGGAGUAGACGGAGGACGUCGCCGUCGGCGUAGUCCGCCAGGCAGACCGCGCAGCUGCAGCUGGACCCCACCACUGCCGACGUGGAACUCUCAGUACUGUCGGCGGCCGUGUAGACGAACUUGGGGAAGCGGCUGAGGACGGCGUCGACGUCGAUCCCCUCCACGUCAACGACAACGUCGGAAACAGAGGACUCCUCCUCGUCGUCCUCUUCGGCGUCGUUGACGAAGUUGUUUCCCGUGGGGGGACGGCGGGUGCAGAGGUACCAAACGACGAUCAAGAUGGCGACGAGGGUAAGGGCUCCGAUUGAGACCCCGAAACCAAUCCUAAAGGGGCCGUCGGGUUCGCCUAACGAUGAAGAAGCAGAGGAAGCAGGAUCUGUUUCCGUCAUGGGAGAGAGUGGGAGAG